AUGUCCAAGACUCACGACGAUGAUGACGGUUUUAUGGGCGAAUGCCUUCUAAAACCACCCCGUGUAAGUCCCAAAAAGGAAGGAGCUAUGACCACCACCCACCCAUGCACUCCACUUUUGCGCGACCGCCAAGCCCGGAACACCCACAAGCUCCAAGCUCGCCUUGGUUGCGCAGCCGUUCAAUUGGGAUUCUUUUUUGAGAAGUCCAUCAUCAGACGAUCUUCCACACCUACCAACACCCACGGUCACCACCAUUCGGUCACACCAAACAUGAAUUCAAUACCAAGAAUAACCCGGCGCCUAGCCGCCACUUCCCAGAAACGCUUCUUCACCCCCAACACCCCCCGACGAGCGAAACCCCAGCAACACCCACACUACCACCAACCCACCCCCUCCGGCUCCAAGUCCUCCAACCCAGAAAUGGACAGGAUACACCAGCUCUACCGCCAGCGGAACCGUUCAACCGCCUUUUACACCAUCUCUGUGAUCCUCGGCACAGUGGCCUUGAGUUAUGGUUCAGUACCAAUGUAUAAAAUGAUCUGCCAAACAACCGGCUGGGGCGGACAACCCGUCCGUGCCCACGGCGGCUCCUCCUCCUCCUCCUCCCCCGACGAAGACAUAACCGCCAAACUCAUACCCAUCACCACAUCGCCCCGCAUCCGCGUCUCCUUCUCCGCCUCGGUCUCCGACCUCCUAGACUGGAAAUUCGUUCCACAACAGCGAGAAGUUCGGGUUUUACCGGGAGAGACAGCGCUGGCGUUUUAUACCGCGACGAACAACUCUGACAAGGACAUCAUCGGGGUGGCGACCUACUCUGUCACACCAGCACAGGUGGCGCCCUACUUUAGCAAGAUUCAGUGCUUCUGUUUUGAGGAGCAGAGGCUCCAGGCCGGGGAGACGGUAGACAUGCCGGUUUUCUUUUACUUGGAUCCGGAUCUGCUAAAUGAUCUCAACAUGAGAGGGGUGGAGAGCGUGGUGUUGAAUUAUACUUUUUUCAAGGCUAGGUAUGAUGAUCAGAAGUGAAAAAACUCGCCUUUUCAAAGAGGGAAGAGUCGCCAUUGGGGUGAUGGAGGAGUGGCGUUUGAGAAAGGAGUAACGUCACGGGAAAGAAAUGAAAGAAAGAGGGUGUAAGAUAGGGUGUGAGAUAUUAUUGUUAUCAGGUUCAAAGGUAUCAUCAUAGGUGGGGGCUACAUAAAACAUUUCCCCGACCAGAAGGCAGGAAAAUUCCUGGUCGGUUGGCAUACAGGAGCGUGGGCGGCACAAACUAUGAGAUCUCAUCUUUUUUGUAUAUAUACAUACACGUUACACGUACACUUAUAUUCUACAAGAGGUGAAAACCGAAAUCUGACAACAUUAUCUGUACAACUUUUCCUCUGACAAACCUAACGUGGCCCCCCACCACCACCUCACCUCCCCUCACUCUUAGCCCCCUUCUUCACCCCCUUCAUGCUCCUCCUCGGCCUGCUGAGCUUCGCCUCCUUGCUCUUGAGCUCCUUGUUCACCAACCAGGCGUUCAGCGGGGGGCGAUAGCCGAUGAAUUUCCCUUCGGGGGAGUAGACGUCAAUGACAGGCCAGUUUGGUUCCGGCUCUGCAGUGGUGUCUUGUUCUUCUUCUUCUUGUUGUUGUCUCUGGUCAAAUUCAUCUUCCCAGUCAUUUUGACUUUCUUCUCUUGGUGGAGAGGGCUUCUCAUCCCACGCGGCCCAGAGAUCGUCCCUCAACUGCUCGUCAGACAUCCUCUCGUGUCUGGGGGUGUAAACCGGUUUAGGCUUGUGUUUCUCCUUUUUCGGUUCCUUUUCCCGAGAGAGGGAGUUGACCGGUUCGGGCCGGAGGUCAAGCGUUGGGGUGGUGGUGGUUGCGUCCGUUGCCGGAGAGCCGACGCCUUCAAUGAGGAUAUCGAUGCCCAAAACGCGGUAGGGGAGUUGAUCGACCUUGAGACCGACGGCUUCUUUCCUUGUCAAGGGUCCAGUACGGGCUUUGGUGAUGUCGUAUCUUAACUGAAACGCUCCCGCAUGCUUGAUCUUCUCGCCCGUCCCAGGGAGGGCAAUGUUGCCUACUUUUGGUGCGUUCGGGUCUUGGGUUUGCGUUGCGAUGGCCUUCUCGGUGGAGGUGAGAUGCGGGUCGAUGGGGGUGAAGGCGUAUGCCAGAAAAACAAGCUCUUCGUCUGGGGCGACGUUGCGGGGUGUGAUGCGGAUGAAGCCGCCGAUGAGCAAGGACUGACCGGGUUUGAUGGUUUGCUGUUCUGGAACAAUGCGUUGUUUCAUGACGAGAGAUGUGCGGCAUUCAGGGCGGACGAAGAGUUCGAUGUCGCCUCUCGACAGGCCGGGGAGAUCGAUCAGCUCGCCUUUGCCAGAUCCAAAGGGAAUCCUGAUGGGGGAGGCGGUCGUGCCAGGGAGGGAAGAAACGAUGGGCAUGGCUGGGUAGGCGGUCUCUUCUUGCGGAGGGGGUAAGAGGUCGGAGGUCGUGUGGAGACUGAGGCCGGGGAGGAGGGUGUUGCGCGCUUCUUCAUCCUCGGGGUUUUCAGUAAAAGAAAGUGGCUCGGCUGUCCUCUUUGCGAAGACAUUAACGGGGGCAAUCUUCUUCUUGUUGAGCAGCACCGCGGUAGCCUCUGACAUGCGGUUCUUGGGAAAGACUGCUUCAAAGAGCUGCGAUUUUCCAACGUUGACUUUGCCAACCAUCCAGCAUGCGCCGCCACGCUUCCAGACAUCUUCCUUGAGCUCCUUGGUCCACCAUCCUCGCUUGGCGCUGACGCAGUGGACGUUUCCUAGUCGGACACGUUGACCAACCCUUCCCAGGGCGUCACGGAGGGUCUCUCGAAUAUAAGGCAUCAUGGAGUCGACCAUUUCCUUCUUGGGCGCCAAAAGAUCGGAGCGAGUGACGAUAAAGCUCAUCUCAAUUAACCUGCCACGCUUAUACUUGUGUUGCCCUCCUCUUCGGUUCUGCGUACGUAGGGUGAUGUCCAGAAUGCUGUGGA